AUGGCCUCAGAUUCCAAGGAAAUCGCCUACGACAUGUCCCCCUUUUUCCGCUUGUACAAGGACAACACCAUCCAGAGACUAGGACAGCCGCAGGUCAUCCCACCGUCCGACGAUCCAAAAGCUGCCGUCCGAUCCAAAGACGUAGUCAUUGACCAGAACACCGGCAUAUCUGUCCGAAUUUUCGCGCCGGGUUGCCGUGAUCCGUCGCAGAAGCUGCCGCUCGUAGUGUACAUACACGGCGGCGCAUACUGCGUUGGAUCACCCUCGAACCCCGUCUUCCACAAUUUCGUCUCUAUAUUAGUUGAAAAAUCGAACGCUAUCGUAGUUUCAAUUGAUUACAGAUUGGCGCCCGAAAGCCCUCUGCCGAUCGCGUACGAAGAUUCCUGGGCCGCAUUCCAGUGGAUCGCGGUUCAUGCUAACGGCAAUGGCCCCGAUCCGUGGCUCAACGAGUACGCCGACUUUCGGCGCGUGUUUCUUGGGGGCGAGAGUGCUGGAGCUAACAUAGCGAACGACGUGGCGAUCAGAGCGGGAACCGAACAACUCCUCGGCGUGGAAAUCGUGGGGGUAUAUUUGGUGCAUCCUUUCUUCGCAGGGGACGAAGUGGCAGAACUGUACAAGGUUCUCUGCCCUACAAGUAGCGGCCGCGGCGACGACCCGCGGCUGAACCCAGCGGUGGAUCCAAGGAUCAGGAACAUGGCGGGGCGGCGCGUGGCGUUCUUCUUGGCGGAGAAGGAUAUGCUGAGGGAGGGGGCCAGGGGUUAUUAUGAAGGGUUGAAGAAGAGCGAGUGGCGUGGAGAAGCGGAGAUUUUUGAGACUGAAGGGGAGGGCCACUGCUUUCAUUUGUUCAAUCUGCAUUCCGAGAAAGCUGAGGCUCUAAUGGAUCGACUGGUCGGAUUCUUGAAUCGUGCGUAG